AUGGUGCAUGGAGUGCGUGCAGGUGUAUCGCUCACUUCGGGUUUGGUACUUGGCGUACUUUUGUCAGUACUGCUGUUUCUACCGGAUGAACUGAUUCCACCGGAAAUGCCGAAUGAGGAGUUAUCAAGUGAGCACUGGAAAGUUAUUAUCAAAAAAGCUGCAACUACUUCAAUUAAUGGUCAAUCUCAGACUCGGAAGGUAGUUAGAGCCGGAUUUGCAGCAACGGAAUUAGGAAUACGCGAGAAACUUGUGGUCAUCCUUCUCGGGCAGUCUUCACUAAUGGUGGCAUUGAAUGCAUCCAUCGGCCGGCAUGUACCUCACCUGCAGAUCUUCGCUGAUAUCUCUCGUAUCGAUGGUGACAUAGCCACUCUUCCCAAUCUCACACCGUAUAGACUAAAUGGACAACACUCACAUAUACCAGUUCUCAGUCUCAUUUUUAAUAUGAGUCGAGCGUAUCACUGGUGGAAAGCCGAUGAAGGAUUAUCCGAAGGCGGCAGUGGCACAGCGAUACAUGAUACCGUUGCGUGGUGGGCCUCAUCGUCACAAGAUUUUAAUCGAUCCCUCAGUGUUUCACCCUUGCUUUCGGAUGCAGAUGCUCAUGCGCUUCAUCAACAUUUCUUACAUGUCGAAUUGAAUCGAAUUGAAUAUGAAAUUGAUAGCUUAUCUGCUGAAAUUGUCUCAUUAUCGUAUGAUACUGUUGACGGACCAUCGCAGCCAGCUGGUUUACCACCUUAUUCAAAGGCACCAGAUCGCUAUCAGGUUCCGAAAUGGCAUUUCUUUACAAGUACAGAGAUCUUCAAAAAUGAACCAAACCAAAAUGUUUACGCAUUAAGUGGAGAUGAUAAACUAGAUGUUGAAGAGAUAGUUGCAGCGGCUCGGAAAUUUAUUAAAGAAAGUGGUGAAGGAAGUGAUGAAGAAUUUUUGCAACUGCGAAACGGUUAUCGUUUAUUUGACCCAGUGAGAGGUAUGGAUUAUAUCGUAGAUUUAUUAUAUCGUAACAAAGAUGGAAGCAAGGUGCAUCGUAUUCAUUUGACCCGAAUAAUAUCAAAUAAUCAACUUUUACAGCAAGUACCCUACGUGAAAGAAGAUACUGAUUUAACAAUUUUAAUACCACUUGGAUCAAAUGAUGAAGUGGGCGCUGUUCGUCGAUUCAUAGUUCAUUAUGUGAGCUUAUGUCAGUCAUCAGUUGGUGAUAACCGACAAACUAGAUUGGUUGUGGCUGUACGUAGCGUUGAUCCUUUCGCCAUUCGACUACUUAACAACGAUAUUAUUGAAUUGAGAAUGCGGUGUAAACCAGCGCAAACAGAAACAAUGUUAAUAAUAUUGAAACAAGACAGUCAUCCAGUUUUGGCAGCAGCAGCACUAGAUGAAGCAGUUGAUCAUUUUGGCCAGCAAAUGAUAUAUCUCUUAUUGUCACCGCAUGCUGAUAUUCAGCGUGAGUUUCUUGAUCGGGUGCGCAUCAAUACUAUCAAACAUUUUCAGGUGUUUUUCCCGCUUCCGUUUGUGGAAUAUCAUCCACGAAUUGUGAGCGCAAAUGAAGUACUACAAUCAAAAAUGAAAAAUCCUAACGUCGACAAUCAGGCAGCGCACGAAAUGGAUGAAAUUGAUCAAAAAAUUCGAGCACCAAAAACUUUUGUGGAUGGUGCAGAUACAUUUAUGAGCAAGUUCCGUGAUGCUACCUUUAAACGAAAUACACGGCCACUUAUUGUCCAUAAGGAUCGAGGUCACUUCGAUCCCUUGGAUUUUUCGGUCAUUUCUUUAUACGGUGCAGAUUUUGUGCGAACUCGUUCACGUUUAAACAAUAAAUCAUUGCUGUUAGAUUUGUCAUCACUCUUUCUCGGUCAUCAAAAUAUUCAUAUGAUGCGAGCCGUUGAACCGGCUCUACGGUUGCGGUACCAUGCUCGCGUUUGUAAUCCGGAACUGGUGGAUUCGGAUUAUGCUCGUUGUUUACUAAGCCGGCGUGAAGGAUUUGCGUCUAAAGCACAGUUGGCCAAUUUGUUGCUCAGUCGGAAAGCGAAGAAUAUGGUAGCUGCUUGA